AUGAAAUCUGCUCUUCUCUCAAUGGCCCUGGCGGCCUUUGCGCCGCUGGCUCUUGCCGCUGAUGCCGUCAAGGGCUCUCCCGAGGGCUUCGCCAAGGGCACCACCGGUGGCGGCUCCGCUGCCGCCGUCUACCCCUCGACCACCGCUCAGCUUGUUUCUUACCUGACCGAUUCCUCGCCCCGUACCAUUGUUCUUACCAAGACCUUUGAUUUCCGUGGUACGGAGGGAACCACCUCAGGAUCCGGCUGUGCUCCUUGGGGUACCGGAUCUGGUUGCCAGACCGCCAUCAACAAGGACAACUGGUGCACCAACUACCAGCCUAAGGCUCCCAAGACUAGCGUCAAGUACGACAACGCUGGCCUCAACCCCAUCAAGGUUGCCUCCAACAAGUCCAUCAUCGGCCAGGGCAGCAAGGGCGUCAUUAUCGGCAAGGGUCUCCGUAUCACCGGCGGCGCCAAGAACAUCAUCAUCCAGAACAUUCACAUCACCAACCUGAACCCCCAGUACGUCUGGGGUGGUGAUGCCAUCACUCUCGACGGCAGCGACCUCGUCUGGAUCGACCACGUCAAGACCUCCCUCAUCGGCCGCCAGCACAUUGUCCUGGGCAACGGCGCCUCUAACCGUGUCACCAUCUCCAACAACGAGAUUGACGGCUCCUCCUCCUGGUCUGCCACCUGUGACGGCCACCACUACUGGGCUAUGUACUUCACCGGCAGCAGUGACAUGGUCACCCUCAAGGGCAACUACAUCCACCACACCUCCGGCAGAGCCCCCAAGGUGGCUGGAAACACCCUCCUCCACGCCGUCAACAACUACUGGCUCGACAACUCCGGUCACGCGUUUGAGGCCGACGCCGGUGCCAAGAUCGUCGCCGAGGGUAACGUCUUCCAGAACGUCAAGGCCGCCUACCAGACCGGCCUUGCCGGCAAGAUGUUCGCCUCCCCCGACACCAACACCAACGCCAAGUGCUCCGGCAACGUCGGUCACGUCUGCCAGCUUAAUGCUUUCGGCUCCAGCGGCUCGCUCGCCGGCAGCGACACCUCCGUCCUCGCCGGCUUUGCUGGCAAGAACGUUGCUUCUGCUGGCAACGCCAACACCGCCAAGUCCGCCGCCACCAACGCCGGCUUCGGCAAGAUCUAA